CUCCAACCUCGCUGCCUCUCCCUCCCUGCUCCAAUCCACCAACCAAUCAGCUCCACCCAUGGCGGGUUACGUGGACCCCCUCGUGGUGGGCAGAGUGAUCGGCGACGUGGUCGACCUCUUCGUCCCUGCCUUGACCAUGACCGUCCGUUUCGGGUCCAAGCACGUCAACAACGGCUGCGACGUCAAGCCCUCCCUCGCCGUCGACCCGCCCUCAGUCCAGAUCGCCGGCCGCCCUUACGACCUCUUCACUCUGGUGAUGACUGAUCCCGACGCACCCAGUCCAAGCGACCCCACGAUGAGAGAAUGGCUCCAUUGGCUGGUGGUCAACAUCCCCGGCGGGACUGAUCUUUCUCAAGGGGAGGAGGUUGUGGGGUACAUGGGGCCGCGGCCGCCGGUGGGGAUCCACAGGUACGCGCUGGUUCUGUUCCAGCAGAAGAGCAGGCUGCAGGGGGUGGCGCCGCCGCCGGCGAGGGCCAACUUCAGCACUCGGGCCUUCGCGGCGCACUGCGAGCUCGGCCUCCCGGUCGCCACCGUCUACUUCAACGCCCAGAAGGAGCCGGCCAACAGACGCCGCUGAGGUUGAGGAUCGAUCGAUCGAUCGAUCGGCAGUGCAUACGUUGCGUGUGGUCUAUAUAUGAAUGCAUGCACCUCCUUCAGAUUGAUCGAUCGAUCUCUCUCUUCCUUUUUCAUCUAUCUUUUAGAUGCGUACGUUCCCUUUCUGAAUAAAUUAGUGUUAACGUUUGUGAAUGGAGUAAUAGGAAGGAUCUGUAGGUGUGUUUGUGAUGAACUUGGUUGAGUCUUUGGUGAAAUAUUACAAUCUUGUGUCUCUGCACUUGUUUUUCAUUUAUAUAUAUUUUUUAUAAUA